UUAUUUGUGGAACAUUUCUAACAGAAGAGUUUGUGUUUGCUGUUCAGCCACUGUUGUCUUUUAAUACAUCAAGUAUCUCUGAUAUCUAGAUUGCCAAGACUUUGUCAGUAUCCUAACACUGACAGGAUAUUGUUCUACUUGUUAUUUCAGGCUGAUGGAAAACUACACGUACAACAGCUUCAUACUUCAGAUGGAAGGGUUAAAGGUCUCAAAGGAUUCCAUGUACCCUGUUUUUUUCUUUUUACUCAUUGCCUACAUUGUUAUAAUGGCUCUGAAUAUAGGCAUUUCAAUUAUAAUUUUAAUUGACAAGAACCUUCACCAGCCUAUGUAUGUCAUUUUCUGCAACCUGUCAGUCAGUGACAUGAUUGGUAGUACUAAUAUUGUGCCCCGUUUGCUUGCGGAUAUUUUAGUGCCUCCAUCUCAGCGUCUCAUCACUUAUUAUGAAUGUGUGGUCCAAGCUUUCAUUACACAGCUGUUUGGUACAACUUCCCAAACUGUGCUCAUGAUUAUGGCCUAUGACAGAUACGUGGCCAUUUGCAAUCCACUGCACUAUGCUUCCAUAAUGACCACCAAAAUGGUGAUUAAGCUGACAGUUGCUGCUUGGGGAGUGUCCUUCGUUUUGGUGGGGAUUCUGCUCAGUCUGACCAUACGUCUCAAUCGAUGCAGGACUGUGAUCAUGAAUCCUUUCUGUGACAAUGCUUCCCUGUUUAAGCUCUCCUGUGAGAGUGUGUUGAUCAAUAACGUCUAUGGUCUCACUUAUACUGUAGUGUUGAAAGUCGCCUCUAUAGGCAGCACAAUUCUCACAUAUGCUAAAAUAACAAUGGUCUGUGUGAGUGGUAAAAACAAGUCUUUGAACAAGAAAGCCUUGAAGACCUGCAGCACUCACUUGGUUGUGUAUCUGAUCAUGUUGAUCAGUGGAUUUAUUGUCAUUAUUCUGCAUCGCUUCCCUCAAUACACAGACUACAGAAAACUUGCCGCCAUUUUGUUUGUGAUUGUCCCUGGCAGCCUUAACACCAUUAUUUAUGGAGUGCAGUCCAAAGAGAUACGAAAUUUUUUACAUGUAAUGUCUCAUAAGAAAAAAUGCUUUGCAUUGUGUAAAAAAUGAAAGCUUACUUUGUCAAUAUGUAAAUAAAUGUCUGUAGAUGAACACCUGCACAGGAUUCCACUGAUGUUUAUGGAUACAGAAAUCUAAAGCUCUACAUGCAGUAGAGACAAAGGUUUAGAACACACAACAGUCACAGAUCAAAUGAUAAAACAUGAUAUGUUAACAAUAUGACCAGCUUUGUUGUUGGAAACUGAGUCAAGACCAACUUGUUAUUGUACAUGCUGUAUGUUGCUUGGUGUCAGUGGACAGUUUAAGUUUGUGAUCUGCACACCUGAGCUCAGAGAAAUUAAAGAUUAUGAUGUCAUAAUAAGAGUCAAAACUACAAGAUCAUGAAUUAAAUUUA